CCCGGGAUCGAGUCCCACGGGCUCCCGGUGCAUGGAGCCUGCUUCUCCCUCUGCCUGUGUCUCUGCCUCUCUCUCUCUCUGUGACUAUCAUAAAUUAAAAAAAAAAAAAAAAAAAAAAAAAGAACGUCCGCGUCUAGAAGGAAACCGCCAACGCGACCCACGGCUGGGCCGCCUCUCGCUGCCGGGCUGUGGGCCGGGACCCUUCUCCCCGCCUGUGGGGUCUGCCUACGGCCGUGGGGUCCCUGCCCGAUGCCAGCCCCGUUCUGAAAGGGCCGUCCUUAAUGCAGGUCCGCGGUAUCGUGCGUGAACGUGUGCCUGUCGGGGCCACCCUCCAUCGGGAGCCUCUCCUGGGGGCCCCUGCUGGGCUUCCCCGCCGCCCGCCCGUCUCUCAGGGAUUUCUCCUGCCCCAGGACCCGAGGAAGCCCUGCUCCUCCACUACCGUGGGCUUGAAAGAAAAGCCCCAGAUGGCCUUUCCUUACUUUUUAUGGGGCGUGUGGCCAUCCCUUUUUAAACCCUUUUUAUUUGGGGCAUUUUCAAACAGAAAUAGGACGGGGAUGACCCCCACGUGCCCACGAUGACCGGCACCGAUUCCCCUGCGCUCCCUCUACCAGCUUGGAAUAUCUCGGGGCAAGUGCCAGACAUCACGUCAUCAUCAAAAUGUCAGCGUGAAUGAAAGAUAAAGGUUGAGAAAACAAACACACGCGCAGGACAGUGCUCUGCCACCCCCGAGCCACGUGUUCAUGUGGCUCUAAAGCCCGAUCUGCAAAGCAAGGUUCAUCCCUGUAUGUAGAAGUCCGACCUCUAGUCCAGUCUCCGCAGGCCCCCCACCUGCUCCCUGUGGCUAAUCCUUUACCUUAAGGCCACUUUAACGCCUUCCUUCCAUUUGCGAAGAACAGCUGCUGGGAGCCGUGCAGCCUGGAGGCACCCGCGCUCCCUGUCGGGUGACCAUCUGCCCGAGCAAAGCCUUAGCGUCAGGUUUUAUCCCGCCUUCCUUUGUGCGACUUCCUGGUGCCCUGCGGUGUGGACGGCAGGCAUCUCGCACGCAGGGCCCUCGGGCGCCCCCUGAGCGGGUUCCGGGCUGUGCUGGCCCCGCGCCGCGAGGGACGAGGGACAGGGACGAGGGACGGGGACGAGGGACGGCCUCUCCAGGCUCCGCUCGCUGGUCUGUCCGGCACAGGCUCCCGGAAGCAGGAGUCCGGGGCAGGGGGCGAGGCAUCUCUGACGUUGCAGGACGGCAGGGCCCCGCCACUGGGGCUCGUACCUUGUUGAACACCCACGGAUGACGUCCAGGCGUUUCCCCACGGGGGGGGGGGCGGGGGGGCCGUCAAACGCGGGGAGGCAGCUCGUCCGACAGGGACAAACCGUGUUGCGGUGCACUUGUAAUCUGCGGUUCUCCCUUCCUGGGCGCCCAGCAUCCUCUCGGACCUCCAGCCUCUCUGCCUCUCGUGGCUCCUUUCCUGUCUCUACCCCUUCGUGUCCUGCUCCACGAACGAGGGCUGCCGGACAUUCCCCCGUGACUUGCAGACCGGGUGAGCUGCUGCUCUUGGCCGCACAUUCUCAGCCUUCAGCCCCAGGACGCCGGCAGCAGGUGGGGCAGCGGCCCCCGGAGGGGGAGGGGCCGGGUCCCCACGCUGGCCCAGGCCCGCCCUCCCUGCCCCGCGAGCCCAGGGACCCAGGCUGGGUGGCGCCCGCUGGCAGCAUCCGAGGCGUGAGACCAAGCGUGGGACCUGGCGAGGGGCCAGCCGCCCGCAGCGAGCCUCAGGCGGAGAAAGGGGAAGGACGCCUGGUGGGCAAAGGAGCAAGUGCGCGGUCGGCAGGAGUGGGAAGUGCCUGGGAGGAACCUGUGACCCGUGGUGGCCGGAGCAGUGGCCCAGCGCCCCCACCGCCCCUGCCCAGCGUGUCCCAGAGGGCCCGGGCCGCAGGGGAGGCUGGACGGCAGCCCCUCGAGGAGCCAGCCCAGGGACAGGCCACCGAGGCCAUGAGCGCUAACGGCACCUGCGCCCGCCCGCACCCGACCUGGGUGGAGAACGUGGACAGGACGUACACGGGCGCGCUGCUGGUGCUGGGGCUGCUGCUCAACGGCCUGGCGCUCUGGGUGCUCUGCUGCCGGAUGCGGCCCUGGACGGAGACCCGCGUCUACAUGGUCAACCUGGCGGCGGCCGACCUGUGCCUGCUGUGCGCCCUGCCCUUCUUCCUGCACUCCCUCAAGGACACCACGGACACGGUGUCCUGCCAGCUGUCCCAGGGCAUCUACCUGGCCAACAGGUACCUGAGCAUCGGCCUCAUCACCGCCAUCGCCGUGGACCGCUACGUGGCCGUGCGGCACCCGCUGUGCGCCCGAGGGCUCCGCUCCCCGCGCCAGGCCGCAGCCGUGUGCGCGGCGCUCUGGGUGCUGGUGGGCAGCUCGCUGGUGCUUCGCUGGGCCCUGGGGGUGCAGGAGGGCGGCUUCUGCUUCCGGAACCCCGCCCGGCAGAGCGCCGGCACCACGCUCUUCUCGCUGCUGGGCUUCUACCCGCCGCUGGCCGUGCUGGGCUUCUGCUCGCUGCAGGUGGUCGCCGCGCUGGCCGAGCGCCCGGCCUCCGGGCCGCACCAGGCGCAAGCCACCCGGAGGGCCACCCGCAUGGUCUGGGCGAACCUGGCCGUGUUCGUGCUCUGCUUCCUGCCCUUCCACGUGGUGCUGACCGUCUACGCGGCCGCCGGCCGGCCCACGCCCGCCCUCUGCUACGCCCUGUACGUCACGGGCAAGCUCUCGGAUGCCAACUGCUGUCUGGACGCCAUCGGCUACUACUUCGUGGCCAAGGAGUUCCAGGAGGCUACUUUGUUGGCCUCGGUGCCCGUUGCCAAGGCCCACAGGACCCAGGACUCUCUCAGCGUCACCCUCGCCUAGGAGACAGGCCUCGGGCACGUGGACCAGGUCCCAGGCUCCCCGCCUGCUGGGCACGCUCCGGGGGCGGGCGGAGAUGACCGUGUGACCCCGUCCCCCGGGAUGCAGGAGGGUCGGGACCAGGGUCCGGGGGCACUGAGCUGUGAGUGAGUCGGUGACCCCGGGUCACUGGGCUGUGCACCCGCGCGCCGUGAGGCCCGGCGGCCAGCCCUCCGCUGCGCCUGGAAUAAAGCUGUGUGUCCCCCGGGGCUGGGCCUG